UGCAGUUGCUGCGGAGGUGGCUGUUGCAGGUUUCCAUCCCUGGGGCAUGACCAUGCAGCUAGGCCUGGCCCUGGUGCUAGGGGUGGCCCUGUGCUUGGGGUGUGGCCAGCCCCUGCUGCAAGCCCCUGAACACCCCUUCUUGGUGCUGUGGAACGUGCCCUCAGCACACUGUAAGGCCCGCUUUGGCGUGCACCUGCCACUAGAGGCCCUGGGCAUUACAGCCAACCGUGGCCAGCGUUUCCACGGCCAGAAUAUCACCAUCUUCUACAAGAACCAGCUCGGCUUCUAUCCCUACCUUGGGCCGAGGGACACAGCUCACAAUGGGGGCAUCCCCCAGGCUGUGCCCCUUGACUGCCACCUGGCAUGGGCUGCCUAUCAGAUCCGCCGCAGCCUGCAACCUGGCUUCGCUGGCCUGGCAGUACUGGACUGGGAGGAAUGGUGUCCACUCUGGGCUGGGAACUGGGGCCGCCGCCAGGUCUAUCAGACAGCCUCCUGGGCUUGGGCACAGCGGUUAUUCCCCAACCUGGACCCCCAGAAGCAGCUCUACAAGGCCCGUAUCGGCUUUGAACAGGCAGCCCGUGCACUGAUGGAGGACACACUGCGGCUAGGCCGGGCACUGCAGCCCCAUGGGCUCUGGGGCUUCUAUCACUUCCCUGCCUGUGGCAAUGGCUGGCAUGGUACAGCUUCCAAUUACACGGGCCACUGCCAUGCAGCCACCCUUGCCCGCAACACCCAACUGUAUUGGCUCUGGGCCGCCUCCAGCGCCCUCUUCCCCAGCAUAUACCUCCCACCCAGGUUACCACCUGCUCACCACCAGGCAUUUGUCCGAUACCGCCUGGAGGAGGCCUUCCGUGUGGCCCUCGCUGGGCACCCACAUCCCCUGCCUGUCCUGGCCUAUGCCCGCCUCACACACCGGAGCUCUGGGAGGUUCCUGUCCCAGGAUGAACUUGUGCAGACCAUUGGUGUGAGCGCCGCACUGGGGGCAGCCGGCGUGGUGCUCUGGGGGGACCUGAGCUUCUCCAGUUCUGAGGAGGAGUGCUGGCAUCUCCAUGACUACCUAGUGAGCACCCUGGGCCCUUAUGUGAUCAACGUGACCAGGGCAGCCAUGGCCUGCAGUCACCAGCGGUGCCAUGGCCAUGGCCGAUGUGCUUGGCAAGACCCAGGACAACUGGAAGUCUUUCUGCACCUGGAGCCAGAUGGUAGCCCUGGAGAUUGGGAGUCCUUCAGCUGCCGUUGUUACUGGGGCUGGGCUGGCCUUACCUGCCAGGAGCCCAGGCCUGAGCUUGGGCCUGAAGAAGCAACAUAAAGCCAGGAGUCACGUGCGUCUGACCUUCAUGUUCCUGCUGCCAUCUUUCCAGUCCUGGAGGGAGGACUUUGUCCCACUCUUGUUCUAUUUAGCUUACCAUCACUUCUCCCAUGCACACACCCCACUUCCCAUGGGAUCCCUGGGGAGUGGAAGAGGCCAGAAAAAAACAUACUGUUUUAAAACUAGAGGCCCUCUGACAUCACCUGAUCCCUCCUGACAAGAAAGCAGCCCCAGGAAGAGUCGGUGUUCCAGAAGGUUAAGGUUGCCAGCCCAGGGCUCUGUUCUACACCUCACUGCGUCCAUGGAGAGGUCACAGGAGACCCGUCCAGGGGCAGGUGGGCCCCCAAGGAGAUCUUGGCUAAGAUCUGUAAGGGCUAAGCUGUUGUCUGUAAUCUGCUUUCAUCAUAAAGUUACUUUUUCUUUCA